AUGAACCUUUUGGAACUUGUAGAUGAUGUUUCAAACACAAUAGUUCAAGUUUCGUCGAUAGUUCAAAGUCAGUCGAAUCGUGAUAAAUGUACAGAAAAAGGUGAUUUUUUUGAAUUGCUUUAUGCGAAAAAGCUAUUAGACGAAGGUAUCCCUUGUAUUAUUAGAAAACCGAAGGGAUACGGGGAUGGAGGAAUUGAUAUACAAGGAUGUUAUGGUGGUAAAUUAUUUUAUAUUCAAAUAAAAAGUACGUAUCUUAAUCGCGAGGAUAUUGGAAAUUUUCGAAAUGUGUUAGAACAAGAAACUUUAGAGUUCAUCGCAUUUAUAUUCUCACACAAAGGAUUUAAUGAAAUAAUUAAGUCCAAUGCUAGUCAUUCAGUCAAUUUUAAUUGUCGAAAUGAACGUCUUGAUAUACAUCCAAUGAAUAUAUUGUUGGUAGAAAAGGUCGUGAAACAUUUUCGAAAUGAUUUUAAUUUGAAUUCGAUUUAUCCCGUGGCGAAAGAGUUUAAUUUCCCAAUUUUGGGAUUGGACGUCGAUAAAGAUGAUCGAACAAUUGGCUAUUUCGGAGUCGAUUUGGUCGUAAUAUAUCGAAAAUUUUAUUUCUUCGUUUGUGAUUUAAUUAAUUAUGAAUAUGAUAAUAUUGACGACAUUAAACGGCAUCUAAGCGAUAUUCGAGGAAAAUUUUUCGGACUUUCUUAUUAUGCGAUCGGUUUGGUUAAAUACAAGGAUAUUAAAUUUCGUGACGAUAAUCAACGAAUGUUAACCACCGGGGUCAACACAUUUACUAAAUUUUUGACCAAGGCUGCUCAUAUUUUUUACAAGAAAUAUUUUGAAGAAUAUGGAAUUAAACUUGAACUUAUUGGAACAAGUUUAAAGGUUGGAGCUAUCGAAGAUAAUGAAAACAGAAAGAAGAUCGCUCAUUUAUUAAAAUUCCCAAGUUCUUAUAAAGGUUCAAAUUGGACUACUAUAGAUGAUUAUAUUAGUAGAAUGAAAAAAGAUCAGGAUAAAAUGUAUUUUGUCACUGGUUCUUCCGUUGAAGAAGUUGAAAAAUCUCCUUUUAUCGAAGAUUUUGUGGCAAGAGGUUAUGAAGUGUUGUAUAUGGUUGAACCUAUUGAUGAAAUGUUGGUUCAACAUAUGCCUGGACAUGGAGGUAAAAUGGUUCAAAAUAUCGCAAAGGGUGACAUCAAUAUUGAUCCUAAAGGUUUUGAGUCAACUGCUGAAAUAAAAUUCAAGUUUGCCAAAUUGACUGAAGUUGUACUUGCUGAUCAAGUCGAAAAAACACAACCUUUUAAACAAGAGAAUGAAUUCCUAAAAGAGUUCUAUGCAAAGCAAAAGAAAAUCUUAGAAAUUAAUCCAUAUCAUCCACUUCUUCUUGGAUUAUUGGAUAGAGUCGAAAAAGGCCAAACCGAUGAAACUUCAAAAGAAUUAGUCCAGGUUUUAUAUGAAUCUACAUUAAUUAGAUCCGGUUAUGAUUUGAAAGAUAAUUUAAAAAUCUUGAGAAAAAAUUUGGGUAUAGAUCUUAAUGCAAAACCUGAAAUCAAUAUUGUACCAGCCGAAGAUGCUGAUCUCACAGAAAAAAAGAGUUCAGAACUAAAGAAACAUGAGAAUUUAUUUAAAGAGUUUGAUCGUGAUGAACCCUCUGUCAAACCUUCAACUGAUGCUGAUGAUGACUCUACAGAUCCAACCAAGCCUUCAUAUAAGCAUGAUGAACUUUGA